AUGGAGACUAUGGAUGGAGGAUGGACGGUCAUCCAAAAACGUUUGGAUGGAGGCCUGAGUUUUGACAGGAACUGGACAGAAUAUAAGAAUGGUUUUGGUGAACCUGAAGGGAAUGUCUGGAUAGGAAAUGAUGUAAUUCAUCAAUUAACAAAGGAAAGAAACUCAUCUCUCUACGUUUCCAUCACUCUAGUGAACGGUAGCAAACCGUAUGAGUUGUAUGAAUGGUUCUCUGUUUCCAAUGAAGAAGACAAGUACAAACUCUUUCUGGGGGGACCUGCCACGGGAACAUUAGGUGACGGUAUGUUAAAGAUUGGAAAUUCUUACGUUUCUCUCCCUGGGAUGUCCUUCACCACCUCAGACAAAGACAACGAUAGAUAUGAUGGAGUGAACUGUGCUGUUGACUUAAAAGGAGGCUGGUGGUUUAAUAUCUGUCAUCACGCCUUCCUUAACGGUCCCUGGUCUCCCCAAAACUGGAUCAAUCCGUGGUACCCUACAAUCCAGACUGGAGCAGACAUUAGAGGGACGAUAAUGAUGAUCAAACGUCACUAG